GCAGAAGAAGAAGCCUUUACAAUGAGCUAAAAAGAAAAUGGCGGUCAUCUCUAUGAUGCUCCUCAGUUACCUUAACAGCAACUACUGUUCCUUAAAAUUCUUGGCAAAACCCCACAAAAGUACCACCCCUUCAAUACCCAAAUAAAAGAGCAAAAAAAUGCAUUGUGUUUCUUCAAUGAACAAUUUCAAGAUUCUCAAUUCCAAGUUUUAUUGGUAAAUUUUGUGGUAUAUAAGUAGCUUUGAUUGUUUAGACAAGACAAAUGUUUGUGAAGGAGACAACCCAUUUGCCCAGAAGUGUUUGGCUCAUAUAGACUUCUUUUCCAUUGUCAAUUCCCAGGUUACCAUCGGGGACCGAAGGCAACGCAUUGACGUGGAAUAUCAUCAAUUCCAAGGGGUGAUACCAAAAUAGAGGAAAAUAAAUGGAACCUACAAAAGUUCUAGUUAACUCAACUAUGAAUUACUGCACUUCUGCUUCUCUUUCAUACGUAUUCCUUGUAGUAAUCUUUGUACAUUGUCUCUUUAAUCUAGCACAAUAGUUUCACCGCAGUCCUUUCCUUUCUUUUUGUUAUUUUACGCCGUUAGGUUUUGUUCACUUAGAUGGCUCUGUGAACCGAAGCCACCUAACAUUUGAUCUGAACAGAUAUUUGCUAAAGUUGUCUUAUUCUCUUCAUUUAAUGAGAUGUCAGUGAUGCCUCAGCGGAUUCAGGAAUACAAUGGGCAGCAGGGUAUUUGGAUGUACCAAUGCAUCUAUUGUCAAAAAAACUUCUCUUCAAGCCAAGCCAUAGCAGGACAUACCAAGGGUCACUUCAGGGAUGGGUGGGUCAAAGGAACCGCCCAAAGCAAAGUGUUUGUGAAAUUUUCUGAUUAUCAGCAGCAGCAGCAGCAAGGUUCUGCUACUGACUCAUCAAUGUCCAAGCAACUGGUUGUUUAUGCUGCAACAUCUGAAACUGACUCAACAAAUGCUCAUCGAUUGCCAAAAGGUGAUGUGCAGAAUUUGGGAAGCCUGACCACUCAGCCUUUGUCUCCAGCUUCGUCCAGCAGACGACCACCAGCUUCGUCAAGCAGACGAUCACGGGCCCCUAGGCAUCAUUUGAGGGUUCGUGAUCUGAAGAUACUAGCUAGGCUCAGGGCUCGUCUUACUGGAGAGGAGCAAGAAGUCAUUUUGCGUCUUCUUCAUAGUGCUAUGGAACAGAUAAAAAAAUCAAGGAAGAAGAGCACUAAGUCGCAGGUGAUCCCAAACAAGGAUUCAGAAGCAACACCCGCGAUUGGAACUACCAACAAAGAUAUUGAUGAUGUCACCAUUGAAGACUCCGAUGAUGAGUCCAAAACUAUGUGAUCAUAUUGUUAAAGCAUAUAGUUUCUGGGUUGUUUCUUGUUAAAUAUGGUUUUGAAGAUUAUUAUCAAACUAUUAGUUAAGUGUUCUAUUAUUAUAUAUGCAUGGACUAUAAUGUAGUAGCUUUUUAGAUCAUCCAGUAGUAGUGUUAAACAUGGUUCAUCCCUUUAUUUCCUAUGUUGUAUUAAUAUGUGUUACUACUGAAGAGCAUUGUUUGGAA